CACACCGUCACUGAUGUCAUACUGACACGUCACUGAGGUCAGACUAGACACGUCACUGAAGUCCGACCGGAGGAAAGAUGGCGACUACCUAUGAGAGCUUCUGCCUGCACACAACCCCGGAGAAGUUUUACAUCGAAGCCUGUGAUGAUGGCGCAGAUGCUGUCCUUGCUAUUGACAGGGUAUCAACUGAAAUCUCUUUAACAGUGAGGAAGGAUAUCCCUCCAUCCGAUCAGUCCCAGCCGAUAUGCGGGAUUAUGGGGACAAUCCGUAUGGUUGCAGGCAUGUACCUCAUUGUCAUCACAAAGAAGAAGAAAGUGGGAGAUCUUCUGGGUCAUGCCGUCUGGAAGGCGGUGGACUUUGACAUCAUCUCCUAUAAGAAGACCAUGUUACAUCUGACGGACAACCAGAUGCAAGACAACAAGGCCUUCCUGUCCAUGAUGAACCAUGUGCUUCAGACGGACAGCUUCUACUUUGCCACCAACUACGACCUGACCCACAGCCUGCAACGGCUGGCCAACACCAGCCCCGAGUUCCAGGAGAUGAGCCUGCUGGAGAGGGCCGACCAGCGGUUCGUAUGGAACGGUCACCUCUUGAGGGAUAUUUUUCCACAGACAGAGUUGCACAAGUUUGCCUUUCCAGUUGUUCACGGCUUCAUCAUAAUGAAGUCGUGCUGCAUCAACGGGAAGCUGUUUGAGUGGAACCUGAUAUCAAGACGGAGCUGUUUCAGAGCCGGAGUGCGCUACUAUGUCAGGGGCAUCGACACUGAGGGUCACGCAGCGAACUUUGUUGAAACGGAGCAAAUCGUCCAGCACAACGGCGGCAAAGCCUCAUUUGUACAGACACGAGGCUCCAUCCCCUUCUACUGGUCGCAGAGACCCAACCUAAAGUACAAACCGAAACCGCAGAUCAACAAGACGGUGGACCAUUUGGAUGGAUUCCAGAGACAUUUUGAGUCCCAGAUCCUCAUCUACGGAAAACAAGUGCUUUUGAAUUUGAUUAACCAAAAAGGCUCAGAAAAGCCACUGGAACUUGCUUUCGACAAGAUGGUGACCAGUUUGGGGAACAGCAUGAUCAAGUACGUGGCGUUUGACUUCCACAAGGAGUGCAGUCGGAUGAGGUGGCACCGGCUGCAGAUCCUGUUGGACAUCGUGGCCGAGACUCAGGAUGAAUUUGGGUACUUCCUGGUGGAUGCCGACGGUAACGUGCUGGUACAGCAGGAGGGGAUCUUCCGCAGCAACUGCAUGGACUGCCUGGACCGCACCAACGUCAUCCAGAGCCUCCUAGCCCGUCGCUCCCUGCAGUCCCAGCUGCAGAGACUGAACGUUCUCCACGUUGGCCAGCAGAUUGAAGACCAGAUGGACUUUGAGAAGAUCUACAAGAACGCGUGGGCGGACAAUGCCAACGCGUGUGCCAAGCAGUACGCGGGCACUGGAGCCCUUAAGACGGACUUCACCAGAACGGGGAGGCGGACACAGCUGGGCUUGUUGAUGGACGGCUGGAACUCCAUGAUCCGAUACUACAAAAACAACUUCUCCGACGGCUUCAGACAGGACUCCAUUGAUCUGUUUCUCGGCAACUACUCCGUGGAUGAGGUAGACCUGACAACUCCCCUCCGGGAGCUCAAAGACUGGAAGUUCCUUACGCUUCCUAUCAUCAUGGUGGUGGCCUUCUCCAUGUGCAUCAUCUGUCUCCUCAUGGCUGGCGACACGUGGACGGAGACUCUGGCCUACGUGCUGUUCUGGGGCACGGCCAGCGUCAUGACCUUCGCCGUCAUCCUCUUCAACGGCCGCGACUUCGUGGACGCGCCCAAGCUGGUGCAGAAGGAGAAGAUGGACUGAAUGUGUGCGUGUGGAAAGCAGCUGCCCCCCAGAGACCACUCCUCCGUCUCCUCCUCCUCCUCCUCCUCCUCCUCCUCCUCUUCACUCUACCGCCCCCAUCAGCGGGCCUGGAGCCUGUACUGACCCGCUGAGGCUUGAGGAGGCGGAGUUUGGAGGCAGCUUUGGGAAAUCGGAGAAGGGGGCGUCCGCCGCGACAAGGGGAACGACCCGGGAGUCUGUUGCGUGUGCGGGGGGGGGGGGGCAAGGGCGACGUGCAACGGACACGUAAAGAGAACAACGCAGGCCCUGCUGCUGUCCACACUGGUUGGUUUGCUUUUUGUUUUGGGGGCCGGACCGCCCCGUCGACGUGUCCCUACUGUACCCCUACCUGGGACACAUCGGCUGCUGAGACUUCACAGCGGGGUUGAACAAGAGGCGAUGUAUGUCGUGUUUCCUGUUAUUUUUUGCCUCCCGUUGUGUGCUUUGCUGACAGUUUUAUUUGUGUUGUCUUUUGCCAAUGUUAUUCUUGCUCGUAGCCAUAAAGUCUAUUUAGUGUGUCAGCAGUUGGCCUACAUCGACUGUGGCUUAGGGGAGAUGGCCGACCGUGGUUAUGCUCUUGUCUGCAGGGGUACCUCCUGCAACAUAGGGAUCAUUUUUGUAUAUUCACUGCUUUUAAUUGUAUGGACGACAUAAGGAGGAACAGGAGCGCUCGCUCCUUGGGUUUUUCUGUACUCCAUUCCUCAAUCCUUUUCAGCAAUCCUAUUUCUGUCGUUCCGAAAUAACGUACGUUACCUCAAAAGUAACAACAUUUUUGAAUUGGAACCUAAAGCUAGAUGAACUGAACUGCGGUACUAAACACAAAACGACCGAGUUUAAAAGUUCUUUGUUUGUGCACAGUAAGAGGACGAAUGUGAAAAUAGAUAUUUUAUUCUUACAUCAUUGACUGUCAUUCAACAUGUUUUUCUCAUAAUGGUCUAGUCUUAUUGUCUCUGACAUCAACCCAUUUGUUCCAGUAGCAUUUCUCUACUGGUCAAGAUCACCAUUUAGUGGUGAAUGAGGAAAAGCCAGGGUAUGGAAACACCAUUAUAAAUUAUGACUUACUUUUUAUACUAUCUUCCUGCCAGAAUUAUGUCGGUUAAUGUAAGAAUGUUGGGGCACAGAUCCAUAAAUUAGUUGUUUGAUAUAUAAACCAAUCAUGGGUUAAUGUACAUAGAAAUACAUAAAUUAAAUAAAUAUGAGUUACAAAACUUUACAUUAAUUCGUAAAUAUUGCAAACUAGAACAUCUGUAACACCAAUCCACAACACGGUACAGGUCAGUAAUGAUUGACUAUGUAUCAUUAAUUAUCAUGCUUUCUGAAUGAUACCUUGUUAUUUAGCAAAGAGUUUUCUGUUUGUAUUUUAAAUGAAUUGGGAUUAUAUAUAUAUAUGCUUAUAUUCAUGUCUAAUGACAUUUCAUUGAACUGACAUUUCAUUAAUAAAUAUUUUUAUUCAGCAAUGGGUUUGUUCAACGCCAAAACAGCAAUCAACAGUUAGCCAAGUGUAUCGUUACUCAAUAUAGAAUAUUUUGGGGCUUUCAAUUCAGCUAAAGAGGGCCUAGGUUGCUAACUAAUGAUAAUAUUCCUCAAAUCUAAUCUCAUACAGAGCUUUGUUAUUUAUAAAUCAAGUUUUUAUUUGUUCACAUGGAUUUAUUUGUUUAUCCUUUUUUGUGCCUCAAGUCGUUAUCUGAAGUAUAAAAGAAGUGUAUGUUAUAAUAAAAAUAUCAUAUCACUGCUGGAAAUGAUAAGCUACCUUUCACUCUAUGAUUUUGAAAUAAAAUAA